CAACGAGACAUGUGCGCGCUCCCUGGCGAUUCAUUAUGGUGAACAAAGAGGUCCUUGAUCCGCCUACAGAGAGUCUAUACCCGUCACGCCUGAAAUACACCAUACAGGUAGCCUCGCUGUGUCGUACAGGUGUUGACAAAGGUGUGCAGCAGACCGGUUCUAAAUCCCAGGUAAACAAACAAUUAACUUUAGCGGUGUAGCGGCGAUUUGUUGCUUUGUGUUCCCCUGCAGGACUACGGAGGAAUUUCGCCCGUCGAUUUGUCGACUUACGGAGUUACGUCCCGUGGUGUGGACUGUUUUGUAUCGAUCACUGACCGGAUUAUGUGUGUCUCCAGAACGUGAUUCAGUGCACAUGGAUUAUGUUUAUGUCCCACAGAAUUUAUCUUAUGCAGCAAUAAUCAACACCAUGAAGACUGAGCGUAAUUUCCCAGAAUACCAAGUGAUUCAUUGAGUCAGUACAUUGACAAAACUAAAGUAUCAUCAGGAUUUAGGACCAAUGAGUUAUACAAAAGUCUGGAGACCUCUGAAAUAGCUAAUUCCUUGGGACAACUGAAGUAGAAGCUUUCAUAAACCACCUGAUCAUUUGUGAAGCUGUGUGUAGUCAAUAUUCUAUGUAGGAUAACUCAAACACAGCUUAGCUCACCUGAGAAUCUGUGUUUAGCUGUUUAUCUGUACAGGAUAAUUCAAGGACUGUUUAGCUAACCUGUGUAAAUUAAGGAAAGUACAUGCACUGUGCAGCCUAUAAUCUGGUAGUGAGACAACUGUAUCAACUUAGGGAACUCUGUCUUUGUGACCUGUAGGAUUUAUUUUUAUCAUCUGUGGAGAUUAAUGCCGUCCUGUCAACAUGCCGUUCCAAGUCGCCAUGGAAGUCCCGUUUUCUGAGUCUAGUCCGAAGAGCCCAAGCCCAGAUAAUAACAGACAGAUGGCAUUCAAGAUUCGUUCGUCGAAGUUUCGACACAUCUACGGAACCAUACCCAAGAAAGACCUGUGCUACGAAAAUAUUCGUAUUACGCGCAACACUCAUGACAGCAACUUCUGUGCCAUCAAUCCUAAGUUCCUGGCCGUUGUCACGGAAACAGGAGGCGGGGGAUCAUUUCUAUGUAUUCCACUAAAACAGAGUGGGCGGGUCGACCCCAAGACCCCACACAUCUGUGGUCAUGCGGGGGUGGUGCUGGACAUCAAGUUCAACCCGUUCAAUGACAACAUCAUCGCAUCAUCCUCGGAGGAUUGUACAGUCAAGGUGUGGAGUAUCCCGGUGGAUGGUCUGAAGUCUAACCUGUCGGAGUGGAUCGUGGACCUCCAUGGACACAAGAGGAGGGUGGGCUACAUCGAGUGGCACCCCACCGCUGAGAACAUCCUGCUCAGUGCCGGCUUUGACUACAAGUGUGUCCUGUGGAAUGUGGAACAAGCCGAGCCGGUCAAUGUCAUCAGUUGUCAUGACAACACGGUGUUCUCAAUGUCGUGGAGCCAGGAUGGAAGUCUGUUCUCCACGUCAUGUAAAGACAAAAAGUUACGCAUCAUCGACCCAAGGAUGGCGCGGGUCGCAGCGGAAUCUCCGGUCCAAGACAACCUCGGGUCAAGGUCAUGGAAGUCUGUGUUUCUGGGGGACACAGGGCGCGUGUUCACCUCGUACCACAGUCGGUUUUGUGACAGAGAGAUAGCCGUCUGGGACAUUAAAAACAUGUCUGCACCCAUGAGGACUGAGGGUAUUGACAACGCCAGCAGUAUACUCCUACCAUACUAUGACCAGGACACCAAAAUCAUGUACCUCGCCGGCAAGGGUGACAGCAAUAUCCGGUACUUUGAGAUCGACGAUGAGUCUCCCUACACUCACUAUCUGAACUCGUUCAUCACCUCCGACCCCCAGAGAGGACUCGGUGUGAUGCCAAAGCGAGGCUGUAACACAGACAGGUGUGAGGUGAUGAGGUUCUACAAACUCCACGCCUCAAAGAACCUCAUAGAACCGCUGUCCAUGAUUGUACCUAGAAAGUCCUCUGUGUUCCAUGAUGACAUAUACCCCCCGACGGCCAGUCUGAUUCCCUCCCUGUCAGCGGAUGAGUGGAUCUCCGGACAGACGCGGGGACAGAUUCUAAUGUCUAUGUUGGAUGGUCAUGUGACCAACUCACCCAAAGUGACGUCAGCAAAAGCCGUCCAAAACAAGGACAGUACCUUAUCUCAAGCUCCAACCAUCACAACAUACAAAGCCGUCAACAGACCGCGACCAGAGGGAAGCGUGUCCACUCAACCGUACGCCGGGGAAACCACGGCGACGACCAAUCACCGCAGCAUCCCCGCGUCUCUACGCAACAUCAAACAGCUCAGUACUAAUGAGGAAUUUGUCUCAAUCAAAAAUGAAAAAUCCAAUGGAGUUCCAGUGGACACCCCAGAUGGCCCUAUGAGUCCCAGUGGAUCUAACACUGUGAAGAAAGUCUGGUCCCCGACAUCCCCCAGUAAAGCAUCAACCAAUGGAUUCCCUGGGGGAGAUAAUGAGAACCACUGCAGACUACAGAGUGCUCGAUUUAGCCCGGAAUUCUUCCAAGCUUACUUGAUUAACCGGGACAGAACCAGUACAACCAGUGUAGGUUGUCAGGGAAACGACCUUUGUAAUCAAAAAGGUCAUAGUGUAACUCACGUCAAAAAGGUGUGGUCCUCGCCCCAAUCUCCCGCCACCCCCCGCUGGUUUGGGGAAACCCCAACUAAUGAGGCAGAGCUUCGUAAAGCCUACUUCAAACAACUGGAGGAGAUAGGAAGCCUGAAGGAGCAGAUAUCUUUAAAGGACAAGAGGAUCAGGCAGCUGGAGGAGGAGAUCUCUAUGUUAAAACUGCCGGUUGCGGGAGCCGAAUCCGGGGAGGGCCAAAGUGAAUGCUGAGUCAACAAAAAUCACCCUGUCAUGUUGACCAGUUGAACACUUUAUGUCAAUAUGCGACAGAAGAUUUUGCAGUUGGAGAAAAAAAGUCAAAUUACGAUGUGAUAAAGUCACGUGGUCAAGUACCAUCUGACACAGCUGAACAUUUUACAUACGCUGUAUAUUUGACGAAUAAUUAAUAUAUGUCUUUGAGUUAAGAUGACAAAUCAAAACGACAUGAGUUAAAAUCAGCAUGGAGACUGAUACAGGUACAGGAGGUCAUUUCAUUUCAACAUGUGACGAACGAUUAUAUAUUUUGGACUAAAUCGCGUCAAACGCCAUGCGAGAAGUAUAAAUGACAAGUGAUAUAUCUUGGAUGAAGCACGUUAAUACGACAUCCGUAAUUCAUGUUCAGCAUCAACACACAUAGAUUGCCCGUAUUUUGACAUCUCAGUGUUCAAAAUUUAUGAACGAGUGACUAGCAUUUGGUCAUUGCAUUCCAAUAUGUCUGAAAGGACAUGCUUGAAUAUGGACAUUCCAAGUAUGUCAUAUGACAUGCAUGUAAUAUUUUUUGGAUUGGAUUAGAUUUACAGCGCUUGUAACAUGUAUAGAUACUUAUUGCAGAUAUCGUUUAUGGUGUAUGAUAUUGCAUUCCCCCCUUUUUGGUCUAUUCCGAACAGUUUCCUGCAACUACUGCUCAAGUUUACACAUUUUCUGUAGAAAACGUAAUACGUAGAGUUUGUUUUGUCCAUUAAUUCUAGAGGCAGUAUGUGUUGAGCGUGAACGUUUUUGUCAGCUAUAAUUUUGUUUGGAGAAGUAAUUUGAAAUGUUCAAGAUCUUAUCCUCACUAAAAAAAAACACGUGUAACGUUAGCCUUUUGUAUAUAGGAGAGCUGCCGUAUUGACAUAAAACCUUUGCGUGAAUCGGUGUUAAUUUCAUAGCUCUUCUGUGUUUGACAUUCCUGUUGGUGAUUCUAAAUAUUGAAUGCAAUUAUUUUUAGAUCGCAAUCCAGGGCAUUCCAAAGUCGCCUGCUGCUUUAAAUAUCGCUAAUGAAUGUAAUGUAACAAUUACACCCUGAAAAUGAAUAUGUUCCGUAGAGCUUGCUUUUGUGAUAGGAAUUUUUGGACGCAUAUAUACUGAAUAUAAAACAAAGUAAAGAUUGAGAAAGUAUAUACAUUUUCUGGGGCAAUGCUUGUCGUUUGUGAAAGAUAGAACAAAAAUAAAUAUUUUCUGUAAUCAGCCAAACAAGUAUAUGAAAUUACAGAAGGAGUAAAUGAGCCAUAACUUUCGAUUUACCUUUUGCUGUAGCCUGCUAUAUUUUAGAUCCGACACAACAACCAAGAUCUGUCCCAUUUUAUAACAAUGCAUCUAAAUGUUUAUAUUAACUUUACAAUAUUGAGUUUUACCUCAUUAAAGUUUAUUGUUAUACGAUGCUCUUUGCGACAAUUACAUAUACUUUGACAUAUGUAUACUAGUAUUGUCUCAAUUAGAAUGCUUCCAUUAUUGUCUUUCAGUUUUCAAAUCUUCGUCCAUCAAUAUAAUAAAAUGGAAUAUAUUUAUACACUGUAGUUCAUUUUCUGAUGGAAUGCUUAUAAUUGGUACCAUGUUUCGGACUUAGAUACUGUAAACGUAUUACAUUUGGCUGUGUAUUCUAUUUAGCGUUUUUGGCGGUAAACGCCGUCCGCUAUAUCGCCAAAUGUAAAUAUAUAAGUACCUAAAUAGGUACUUCCAGAAAUGCGCUAACUCAAAUCCACGCUAAUUCGUUGAAAAAUCAUAUUCCGCCAAAUAUCGUACACGGCAAAUAUACAUGUAAUACGCUUACUAGUUGAUAUUAAAGUGUUUGUCAGAUUGUUAGUCAUGUGUUGUAGAUCUGUAUACUGCCAAAUAGCGGCAUCAAGUGCUUAUUUUUAUUUUUAUGCAUUUUAACAAGUUUUAUGAAUGCACUCUUUGUUAAUUCUUUUUUUUUCAAAUGUGCGUUCAAAUCGAAAAGAAAACAAACAAAAAUAUUUCCUGUUGAAUAUAAAUAUAAAGUGUUCAAAACUUCAACGUGCAUUCCACUGUGCGCAGAAAAUAUAUUCCAGGUGCUUUUCAUUUAUAUAGUUCAUAAAUCUUCUAGAUAGCGAUGUUGCUUAGAGCUAUGAAAAUCAAUUACAAUGCUAUGAAAGAGACAUACUGUAGCAUAUAAAUGUUAUUACAUUAUACAAUCACAUUGCAAUUAUAAAGUAAAUAUGUAUUGUUUUAAAAAUGAGAGUAGGCUGUGUAAAACAAUGGAUUCGAAUAUCAAAGAGAUAAUGAUAUGACAAUAAAAAGUAGAAAGCAUUGUAAUAUACACUGAAGAGACCGCUAUAAAAAGUAAAUAUUUAACUGAGGGAUUUGAAUCUAUAAACCUUUUUUCCAUUUAAUAUGAACUUUGUAAGUAAUGAUUUUCCUCAAUCAGGUUUGUUUUUUUAAAAAAUGGUUUAGAAAAGUACUGUUGAAAUACUAGAAACAUUUGAUUAUUUUUUUGUGCAGUUCUGUAACCCUUUUGUUCGAUAUUAAAACGUUUCCAAACUUUGUAAAAAAACAAUGAAGGAAAUGCAGUAAAUUUGAACAGUUUUAUUAAGAUCGGAUGUACCAUAGCAUGUAAAAUAAAUAAAAAUGGACUGACAUAAAACGUAUCUUUUAACUGAUAUUUUAUGGUUAAUAUCAAUUUUUUGGAUUUUUGUGACAGUCCUUUUCUGGAUAUCUUUUUUUUCGAUUUCUCUUUUUUUUUUGAGAGUCAAGUUUGUCAACCCAACAAAUGCUCCUCGUGCAAGCGUGAGGUGUGUUCAUGUUCUAGGUAAAUGUGUUGACCACAUAAUAACUUUGUACCAAAUACAUUUGAGGGAAGGUCCUAUUUCUCUUUUACUGUCUCAUCACUUAUUUAUUAAUAAUCUGACAUCUAACAUUUUUUGUGCAAGUUGUAUAUUUUUGCUUGUUAUUGUAAAAACUGAACUUCCGAUUUUGCUACCCUUAUAAAACCAAUACGCUAUUUUACAGUUAUCUUUGAAGGUAUAUUUUUUUCACACAACUGUAAAUUAAAAGUGCAAACUUUAGUAUACACAUAUUUGUUUGUAUGUUUAAAGCAACCCUGGCUAAGAAACAGGCUUUGAAAAAGCUACUGCAAUCUAAAUGUUGCGUUAUAAUCCUGGUAAUUGCUUCCUGUGUUGUAAAGUUUGUUAAAAAUUUUUGUCUCUAUACAGUUUGAUAAUCGGAAUGCAAACAAUUUAUUUUUAUUUUUAAUACACCUAAAUCUAAAUUGCAAUCUUGUGUAUCCUUUGAUUCCCAUUAUAACAUCGGCGAAUGUUGUUUUUUGCCCUCUCCAUUCCAAAUUGUAUCCUUAUGCAUUUUCAUAAACAUUAUAUGUGACUGAUAUGUUCACUAUCAAUAAUAAAAUAUGUUGCUUCUUUGAUUAUAUUGAAUAAAUAUUAUGAAGAUUGACA